GGGGCACGUCACCGCCGAAUGGCAGCCUCCAGAAAGCCACCGCGAGUAAGGACCAGUCACCAGGAUUUUCAGCUGAGAAAUUUAAGAAUAAUUGAACCUCACGAGGUGACAUACUCAGGAGACACAGGUGUGGAAACAGACAGCAAAAUGGCUCCAAAGGUGACUUCAGAGCUGCUUCGGCAGCUGAGACAAGCCAUGAGGAACUCUGAAUACGUGGCAGAACCGAUCCAGGCCUAUAUCAUCCCAUCAGGAGAUGCUCACCAGAGUGAGUACAUUGCACCAUGUGACUGUAGGCGGGCCUUCGUCUCUGGAUUUGAUGGCUCUGCAGGCACAGCCAUCAUCACAGAAGAGCAUGCGGCCAUGUGGACUGAUGGGCGCUACUUUCUUCAGGCUGCCAAGCAGAUGGACAGUAACUGGACGCUCAUGAAGAUGGGUCUGAAGGACACACCAACUCAGGAAGACUGGCUGGUGAGUGUGCUUCCUGAAGGAUCCAGGGUCGGUGUGGACCCAUUGAUCAUUCCUACAGAUUACUGGAAGAAGAUGGCCAAAGUCCUGAGAAGUGCUGGCCACCUCCUCAUUCCUGUUAAGGAGAACCUUGUCGACAAAAUCUGGACAGACCGUCCCGAGCGCCCGUGCAAGCCCCUCCUCACGCUGGGCCUGGAUUACACAGGCAUCUCCUGGAAGGACAAGGUUGCAGACCUUCGAUUGAAAAUGGCGGAGAGGAACAUCAUGUGGUUUGUGGUCACUGCCCUGGAUGAGAUUGCAUGUGAGUGCUCUGGUUUCACCCCUGUCACCCACCCGGCCCUCUGCAGGCUCUUCAUUGAUGGUGACCGCAUAGAUGCCCCCGGUGUGAAGGAGCACCUGCUUCUUGACUUGGGCUUGGAAGCUGAAUACAGAAUCCAGGUGCUUCCCUACAAGUCCAUCCUGAGUGAGCUCAAGGCCCUGUGUGCCGCCCUCUCCCCAAGGGAGAUGGUAUGGGUCAGUGACAAAGCCAGCUAUGCCGUGAGCGAAGCUAUCCCCAAGGACCAUCGCUGCCGUAUGCCUUACACCCCCAUCUGCAUCGCCAAAGCUGUGAAGAAUUCAGCCGAGCUGGAAGGCAUGAGGCGGGCUCACAUAAAAGAUGCCGUUGCUCUCUGUGAACUCUUUAACUGGCUGGAGAAAGAGGUUCCCAAAGGUGGCGUGACGGAGAUCUCCGCUGCUGACAAGGCUGAGGAGUUUCGCAGGCAGCAGGCGGACUUUGUGGACUUGAGCUUCCCAACGAUUUCCAGUACGGGACCCAACGGCGCCAUCAUUCACUACGCGCCAGUCCCUGAGACGAAUAGGACCUUGUCCCUGGACGAGGUGUACCUCAUUGACUCGGGUGCUCAAUACAAGGAUGGAACUACAGAUGUGACCCGGACCAUGCAUUUUGGGACCCCUACAGCCUAUGAGAAGGAAUGUUUCACGUAUGUCCUCAAGGGCCACAUAGCUGUGAGUGCAGCUGUUUUCCCGACUGGAACCAAAGGCCACCUUCUCGACUCCUUUGCCCGUUCAGCUUUAUGGGAUUCAGGCCUGGAUUACCUGCAUGGAACAGGACAUGGUGUUGGGUCUUUUUUGAAUGUCCACGAGGGUCCUUGUGGCAUUAGUUACAAAACAUUCUCCGAUGAGCCCUUGGAGGCUGGCAUGAUUGUCACUGAUGAGCCAGGGUAUUAUGAAGAUGGGGCUUUUGGAAUUCGCAUUGAGAAUGUUGUCUUAGUGGUUCCUGUGAAGACCAAGUAUAAUUUCAAUAACCGGGGAAGCCUGACCUUUGAACCUCUAACGUUGGUUCCAAUUCAGACCAAAAUGAUAGAUGUGGAUUCUCUUACAGAUAAAGAGUGUGACUGGCUCAACAAUUACCACCUGAUCUGCAGGGACGUGAUUGGGAAGGAACUGCAGAAACAGGGUCGACAGGAAGCUCUUGAGUGGCUCAUCAGAGAGACGCAACCCAUCCUCAAGCAGCAUUAAUACCUCCUGGUUUUUGUUACCGCAAAAUGCUCUGGGGAAAGGAAGAAACAUGGCAGACUCCUGACAUUUUCCCCCUUUCCUCUCCUUCCUCCCUACUUCCCCUUUUUACUUUAGACUCUUAAGAAGAACGGAAAAUCUUCUAUCCUCUUUGAUAUUUUCUUGCAACACUCAGUCUUUUAUGAUUUUUUUAAUUGUUGAGAAUGAGCCAAGAAUAAAAUUGCUGCACCAGGGGGAGGUCCCCACAAAGCUGUACACUUGAUUGAGUGGGAGACGCUCCAAGUUCUUUGGCGAGUGAUGGUGAAACGAGUGCUCCAUGAUGGUCAUGUUCCAGGUGCUAGUACAUCAUUCAUGAUCACCGUAAUGUUCAUGGGACUCUAUUUAUGAUCAGUGAAUAAAAAUGUCAAAACUGUG